AUGACGUGCUACGUAGCGUUGGUCCUGAUGUUCUUCUCGGCGAACGUGGCCAACAACUACGCCCUUGGCUUCCGCAUAUCCGUGCCCUUAUUCCUCAUCUUCCGAUCCGGCUCCCUUCUGGCCAACAUGUUCCUCGGCAUCCUCAUCAAGAAGCGAAGCUACCCGUUGAGCAAGUACGCCUCCGUCGCCAUGGUAACGGCGGGGAUCUUCAUCUGCACCUACGCAUCCGGCGCGAACAUCGGGAAGGACGCGCUCCACCCGUCCAGGGAUUUUGCCGUCUGGCUCACGGGGAUCGGGGUUUUGACCUUUUCCCUCUUGAUGUCCGCCCGACUCGGAAUAUAUCAGGAGACACUGGCUGAGAAGUUUGGCAAGCAUCCGCAGGAGUCCAUGUUCUACUCUCACAUGCUGCCCCUGCCGGGAUUCCUCCUCUUCGGCUGGGACCUCUGGACGCACGCGAAGGUCCUGCUCGGGUACCUGUGCCUGAGCUGCGUGUUCACGCUGACGACGGAGUGCACCUCGCUGACGGUGACGCUGGUGGUGACGCUGAGGAAGUUCCUCUCGCUCGUCUUCUCGAUCCUGUACUUCUCGAACCCGUUCACCCCCGCCCACUGGGCGGGGGCGGGGCUCGUCUUCGCGGGGACGGGGCUCUACUUGGACCUGCCCGACCUGGUCUGGGCCAGGCUCCGUCCCGCCGCGGAGAAGAGAGACUCAAACCCAGAGGAAGGCGAGAAUCUCCUCCCCGCCGAGAAGUGAAGCCAAACGGGGCGGAGCCGUGCCCCAGACGAAAACGAAAAAAAAAAUUAGCACGCCGAUUUCGCGUUCGGCGGAGCUCAUGCGAACCGCGAAAUAUGUAUUAUGAACCUCGGUUUGUUCCGAGUGAAAUCUCACUUUCGACUCCG